UGCACGAAUAUUUUGUGAAAAGUGUACACAGUACACAAAAUAAUUAUCUCUUUUUUCAUAGUCCUUUUUUUUCUCUUUUCUUUACCUUUACCUUACUUUUUUAUGUUUGCUAAAGAAAGGCCAUUACCAAAGGCUCUAAACAUAAUCCGUCCUGCACCUCCACCUUUUCCAAAUCAACACGAUUCACUUUCUUCUUCAACAGCAUCCUCGCCUUCUGAAAUAUCUACCAUUUCAAAUUUUUCUACUUUUUCUAAUAGUCGACCACAACCUACUAUAUUCAAUCCUGCAUCACUCUUUCAGAGCAACAUAAACACUUUUAAAUCACCAGCUAGUACAGUUGGUAUCAAUCCUCAGCGAUUUUAUCAAAGACCAAGAAGUAAUUCUAACUUAUCAAGGUCAACUUUUUUCUCAGCCUUUUCUGAUCAUCACAAUAACACAAAUACUGAUAAUGAAGAAGAGGAUGAACUUGAUAGUAUUGAUGGCUUAACAGACGAAGAAGAAGAAGAAGUAGAGGAAGACGAUGAUGAGGAAGAAGAAGAUAUCAAAGUGGUAGCAAAAGUAAAGCAUGGAACUAUCAUGAAUGGCAAAGGAGAGUUUGUUAACAAAGGAAAUAAUCACGAACAUUGGCUGGAAGAAGCAAGAGCAAACAGAAAGGUUGCUGAUCUUGAAAUAGAAAAUCAAAACCUACUACAGCUCAAUGCAAGUCUUGAAGCUAAAUUAAGACAGCAAGCAUCACGAAUAGCCGAGUUGGAAAAGAAAUUACAACAAGGGACCGAAGCACCCCUGACACCCAUUUCGGAUAAACACGUGGAAGAUGAAGACGACCGGGAUGAAACAGCCUUGUUGUAUAACAAAGAGUUAGCAGAAGAGGAGGCGGAAGCUGAUAAAGCAUUUCAUCAAAUAAGAUCCGCCCUUGAACAGCUGAUUGUACAAGCUGAAUCUGCAUUAAUUCAGAAAUCAAAACAAUCUGGCAAGGUACUACAAGAUUAUACCUAUCAGAAGGAAGAUGAAGAAAUCCUUCAAAAGCUAUCUAUUCGUUCAUCCUCUCCUACUGAACUCAAGAAAAGGCCUUCAACCAGACGUGUGUCCGAUAGCUCAACUAAGCCAUUACCAAGACCUUCGAGUGUGAAGAUGUCGAGGAACAUAUCUCGUCAAUCCUCUCCUCCUGUUCUUCAACGUUCAGCCUCUCCAUCUUACUUACAACGUUCAGCCUCUCCAUCUUACUUACAGCGCUCUGCUUCUCCAUCUCUGUCACAACGCACUGCUUCUCCAUCUAUACAACACAGACCUUCGUCUAGACAAAGUGUUCGUAAGCAGAGUCAAGAUAUGGGAAAGCCAAAAUGGCACAACUGAAAUUUCUAUACGUUCUUUACUGCAACCACUAUGAUCUAAUUCUUUAUGACUGAAUCCAUCCUUUUCUAUAUAUGCCCACUUGUUAUACCCAAACCUCAUACUUUCCUUAUUCAUUCAACAUUGAAAUUUAUAUAUGCCAUUUUGUUAUUUUUAGACACAGAACAAUCACACACACAUUCUCUCUCUCUCUCAUAUAAACCAGCCCCCCUUCCUUUCUAGUCACUCCCUGGACAAAAGAAAAAAAAGAGACUAAAUGUAAUACAACAUACAAAAAAUUGACGUGUACAUAAUUUACCUGAUAUUUGUAAUACAAAUAAACAAGUAGUAGCCUCCUCCUCCU